UUGCUUCUCGCAUGAAGUCCUUUUAUGCUCAGUGUGAUUUUUUCCAUCGUAAAAAUAUACAAAAAUCGCAUACUUGAACAGCAAACCAAGAAACUCUACAACAUAGUACACUUGUAAAAGAAAAUGGAGCUAAUGUACACAAAAAACGUGGGAAGCCUGCAGUUCCCACAGUCGAACUUGUCGGUUUUAUAAAAAGUGGAUUUACACCAAUGAUGUAUGUAUUUUCAAAAGGCUUAUUCGGGCGACAAUAGUUCUUUUGACGCCCCCGAAUCAUCCUUGACUCUUACAUCAGUCCCCUGUGUGGUCCAUUUCUGUACAAUGGGCAUUUUUACAUACAAAACCAACAGUUUGUUAAUAAACACGCCUGCAGACAGGUGUAAUUUUUUUUCUCACGCGUAGUUGCAUUGAUUACUAAUUUGCAUUUGGGGAGUUCUUUUGUUGUACUUAUAGCUGGGAAUCCAACCAGACAGCUGUGCAGAACCGAUUGUCGGAAUCGAAAUCGAUUACAAAUUCAAAGCGCUGGGGGCCAUUGAAUAAAACGUUUACGUUUCUCUCCACCGAUCCCAACUAUUACAUUUUUCAUUUUCCCUGUUUCGGCUAAAACCAGACCAUGAAGUACGCUAUCCACGCCUAAACCGCAGAACACAGAAGUGAGAAGAGGUGAUUUACUGCUUACAAAAUGACGCAUUUACGGCAAACAAUGAAACCGAACAACAUCGACCUUGUAUGUGAUUACUAACAGACCGGGGAACAAAGUACGGAUCCCCUUUGGCCUGCGUGAGUAAUCGACCGGGUAGAAACGAUCCGGAGACGCCGUGAACUCAGUCAAAAAGCCAGGCGGUUCAAACAACAGCGUGGGGACGCCGCGCUAGCACUGUGUGCCGGGCUGCUCGAGUACUGCAGUUUCAGCGUAAUCUGGAUCUGGAGUGACUUUGUCCGUUCGCUUUUUUUCAAGACACGUGUGCAACUCUACAGUCAAAGACAAGUCCAACCCUGUCUCAUGCGAGGAACCACUGGAAAAUAUUUUAUGGUAUGAGAGAAGGCCAUCUUUUCUGAGCUGAAAGCGAAAAACAGGCAACAUUCGGGAAGUUGGUGCUCUGUGUGUCGAUUUCACAACCGUCAUCAGUUUAAGGAGUGGUUUUGUUGUCACCAUGGAGAUGACCAGUCUGGAACGCGAGCUAAUUUGUCCGAUUUGUAAGGACUACUUCACCACACCGCUGUCGUUGCCUUGCCAGCACAACGUCUGCCACCGAUGCGCCAAGGACCAGGUGACGGCGCUGGCCGCCAAUCAAGACUCGGCCGCCGCUCACCACAGCUCGGACGAGAGCCUGAGCACCGCGGCCACCAGCCCCACCACCUCCGUGGCCUCGCUGCCGGUCGCCACGCCAACCCGGCCCCUCACCACCGGAAGCCUGCGCUCCUCCUUCCGCCGGCGGGCCACCGUGACCGGGAUGCCCUUCACGGCGGCGAACACCCCCAUGAAGGCGCCCCCAAGAGACGCUGGUCCUGGAGCUGGGAGCAGCCGGCGGGAGUCGCUUCCCGGCUCUGUCUCCACGGCCUCGCCCCGAGGGAGGUCGGCCACCUCAGCCGGCUUAGUCCAUCCUACCACCUUCUUCUGUCCGACGUGCCAGGAAAACGUGGACUUGGGGGAGAAGGGACUCAACGGCCUCUACCGAAACUUUGCCCUAGAAGUCAUCGUUGACAGAUUCAAGCUCGCCGCCAAGAAGGCGGCCAGCAUCCCCUGCGGCCUGUGUAAGGUCCGGCCUCCCUUGGACGCCACCAAGAGUUGCCUGGACUGCAAGCUCAGCUAUUGCAAUGAGUGCUACAAGCAGCACCACCCUUGGGGCACGCCCCGGGCCCAGCACGAGCACAUCGGACCCACCAACAAUUUCAGACCCAAGACCAUCACUUGCACCGAACACACGCACGAGAAGGUGACAAUGUACUGUGACGGGUGUCAGAAGCCCGUCUGCCACCGCUGUAAGUUCAGCGGCGAGCACGCCAAGCACAAGCUGUCGGUCAUCGAGAGGAAGUACGCGGUCGUCAAGGAGAAAAUGGAAUGCCACCUCCAUGCAAUCAGAGGGAAGCGUGACGAAAUCAAGAACGGCGUGGAUGCCCUCAGAGGACUGUGCGGGAAAGUUGAGGAAAAUGGCGCCGUUGCCAGGGAGAAGCUCUCCCUGGCCCUUGCCCACCUGCAGACGACUCUUGAGGGUCGGAAAAGCGCCCUGACGCGGGCCACGGAAGAGGAGAUCAGCCGGCGGGUGGGGGCCGUCCGGACGCAGCUGGACACGUACCAGGACAUCUUGAAGGGUUGCAGCGUGGUGGAUCUGGCCCAGGAGAUGCUCAAGGAGACGGACAAGGCAUGCUUCGUCCAGGCGGCCAGGCCCAUCCUCGGACGGCUCGUGGAAACGGUGAAUGUGAUCAAGGGGGCGGAGCUUAGUCCAGUCCACGCCCUCCACGAUUUCAACAAUUUAACCAUCGAUGAUGCGGUCGCUGUAGAAGCUCUGACGACUCUCAAUUUUCACAAAGCUCCCGACGCACCAGUCAUCGCAACCAAGCGCUGCCAAUCAUACGACCACGUCAUCAUCGAGUGGGACCCAGCCUCCGGCAAGACGCCGGCCGAGACCUACAUCUUGGAGUACCGCAAAAUCGUUCGUACCGAGGGCACCAGACCGCCUACGCCCACUACCCAACGAAGGAUCGCUGCCGGCAGCCCCCGGAGCGACGCGGCCGCCGAGGACCCGUGGACGUCAAUCGACGGAAUUAAGGAAUGCAGGUAUCGGCUGAGUAACUUGGAAGUCGACAGCCGAUAUAAAGUCAGAGUUCGGGGCGAGAACCGGGCUGGGAAGGGCGAGUGCAGCAAGAUCGUGGUCAUCAGAACCGUGCCUGCUCCCGUGCUGCUUUUCAAGUGGACCUCAUGUCAGCCAAAUGGUACCCAAGGCCCCUCAAUCAGCAAAGAUGGCCACCGAUUGACCAUUCGCCCCAACACCAACCUCCUCUCACCGACUGGCGCCGGACCGAUGCCAUCCAGCCCCAUCGCUUUGGCCCCGGCCUUCUGCCUGGGCGACCGGAAGAUCACUAAUGGCAAGCACUACUGGGAGGUCGUGGUCGACCAGUCGCCGUGCGCCGUACAGAUCGGGGUCGUCAGCGAGCGCCGAUCUCGCAGGCUCGGUGACCCUGUCAGCAAUCACACCGACGGCGACAGCGGCCACGACAGCUGUGAGGAGCUGGACGCUGACCACGGCUCGCGGGCGGACGCGACCGUCCUGGUGACCUACCACAGCGGGAAGGUUUACUUCCCGAACGAAACCAGCAAGGGCGGCAAGAAGUCGGGCAGCAACGGCAACAAGCCGGCAACCCACGCCCUAACGUCUUGCGCAGUCGGCGUCUGCGUCGAUGUCGACAGAGGGCGGGUGUCAUUUUUUGACGUGGACUCCAAGGAGAGUUUCUACUCGGCCAACACGGGCCGGGAAGGCACAGUAUAUCCGGGCAUCGUCAUCGUCGGUCCUGGAGUGGUGAAAUCGCGUCAACUUGAUGAAAUGUAUCUUGGUGGAGUCAAUAUCCUUUAAUGGGCAGAGGGCCUUUCUUCCCUCUCUUGCACAGAGAAACCAGGCAAGACUUCUCAUAAAGAAAUUAAUUAAACUUGCACAACAUUUAUAACAAAAUUAGUAUAUUUUAAUGCAAGCUCUGUGUGUGGGUUGUAAACAAAAGAAUUUUGACAAGCAAAAGACCACAUCAAACUCAUGUCUAUCACCAUUUCUUUGAUACACUGAUUGCCAAAACUUGACAGCCAGCUUCACUUUCCACUUCCCUAGUGCUCUUAAACCCAGUAGAUCACCAACUUCACAUAUAUUGAUAAAUCAAUUUUGGCAUUACAAGACUGACAAAAGCUUUCUCUGUGCUCUUCUUUAAAACGACUAUAUCUCAUAUGAGGCCCUCGAAAUAGCCCACUUUAAUUAUUUACGUAUGACUAGGUUGGUUUUCUUGACCUAUAAUAUCUAAAAGCCUUCAGGCUUAAAUCUUCCUAAAAUUGAUGCUACCUUUAUUCACGGAAAUGAUGCCACUUUGUCCAUAAAAUGGUGCCAACAUUUGUAAAGUAUCACAUGUUAUAGAAGCUGUACAGAGAGUGGAUCACGUAUUCAGUUGAGGUAUUUUUAAUGUUGAAAAAGUAUGGCAAAACUUAUGUGUAAAAAUCUGAACACUUUUGAAUGAGUGCGUAGAUUGUAUGUCCUAAUAUAAAUUGAAGAUGCACUGUUCCACAGUGGUAGUGGCUAAUUUUAUUGGUCUUGUCUAAAAUCGGAAAUAAUUAGACAGAAGUGAAGAAAGUAAUUAAGCGGUAUGGGUGUUCUUAUAAAAUAUAUUUUUAAAGCAGUAUGGUUUUCUGGAAAUAAGGGGUACAGGUUAAUGUAGUAAGACCGUGAACAUUUUCGUUGUUGAGUUGUGCUUAUUCAUCCUUCGAUUUGUCUUGUUGAUGGCAGCACAUUUUUGAAUGAUGCGUGUAGUUUUGUGUGCAUCAAGCCGGCUUAGUUGUCUUCGUUAUUUCAGUGUUCAUGCAUAUAAGAGAAGUUGUGAUUUUUAUUGAGUGAUGAGGAUCCAUAAAAUGUGCUUAUAGCGUUGUUUAUUGUUUGGAACCAAAGUAAAAUAUUAAGGAUAUAAAAUGUGGGGAAAAGUUACCAGCGCUUUCUACGUUAUUUCUAUUCAUUUGCAUUGUGGCAUUAUUUUUGCAAAAUGUUUAAGGUCUCCAAUGGCUUGUUUAUGCCUUUCGUCACGACUAUGCAAGCGCGUAAGAUUUGGGUGUAAAUUUUGUAACGUGGUUUUAAGCACAGCGUCUGAGCAAUGCGCCGUUUCGUGUUUUAAUCCUGCUAAAGCCCAUUCGCUGAGAAAUGUCUACAUUUUAGAUACGCUGAAUUUGUGCAAUCAUUGGUGUAUUAUAUUAGAAUUAAAAAAGGUUUUCUCAUGGUAAA